GUGAGAAAUGUCUGCCUGAUCUUCCAUACGAUGCCACCACCAAUUAUGAGAAGGAGAAUGAGAUAAUGCAGACUCACGUGAUAGACCAGGCCAUUAAUAAUGCCAUCAGUUACCUGGGGGCAGAGUCCUUGCGACCCCUGGUCCAGACACCACCAGGUGGUUCUGAGGUGGUGCCUGUCAUUAGCCCCAUGUAUCAGCUCCACAAAUCUCUUGGGGACAGUCAGGCUCGCUCCAACCACACAGCUCAGGACAGCGCAGUGGAAAACUUGUUGCUGCUUUCCAAAGCCAAAUCUGUCUCCUCCGAAAGAGAUGCCUCUCCCAGCAACAGCUGCCAAGACUCAACAGAUACAGAGAGUAAUAACGACGAACGCAGUGGUUUAAUCUACCUGACAAACCACAUAGGACCUCAUGCUAGAAAUGGCAUCUCUAUAAAAGAAGAAAACAGGCAAUAUGAUGUCCUGAGGGCAGGUACUGACAAUUCCCAGGAUGCUUUCAAAGUGAUCAGCAGCAAUGGGGAGCAAGUGAAAGUUUACAAGUGCGAACACUGUCGAGUCCUUUUCUUGGAUCAUGUGAUGUAUACGAUCCAUAUGGGCUGCCAUGGGUUCCGUGAUCCUUUUGAAUGCAACAUGUGUGGCUACCACAGCCAGGACAGGUACGAAUUCUCUUCUCACAUAACUCGAGGGGAGCACCGUUUCCACAUGAGUUAAAGCUCCUUGGGCACAGACCCCUCUGCAACAGCUGCUGUUACUGGAGCUGCAUGAGCCACGACAGCAAGAAAGCACAAGUCAGCUGGACAGUAAAAGUAACAAGAGAACCAAAAGUUCAGUUAUCUUCUCCCACAAGAAAAGAUUUUUCAUUUUAGUAGCAUGCAUUGCAACUCGUUUUCUAAAAUGAGUACUGAAGUUUUUACCGAAAAUGUUUGAUCACCAAAAACCUUUAGUAAUGUAAGUAGGAGAUUUUAUAGUCACGUAAGUGAAAGCCCUUCCCUUAACUGAUGCUUCUUGUAAACCUCCUUUGUCAAAACUGUUAACCAUGCGCAGGAUGCACCACACGGACAAGGAUGCAACAGGGAGACGUGGUAAAGCUUUCUCUCAGCUCCCUGAACACAGGGCUCUUACACCAGAUGUAUUU